ACUUUCUUCCGGAUAAGUAGUUCUAUUGUCCCAACCUGGACUAGGUAGCUGCCAGUCCACCUGGAGACAACCCCAGAGCUGGCAUCUGGGCCUUGGCCCACUGCCCCAUGUCUCUGCAGCUGCAGCCGCCCGCCGCCGCCGCCUGUGACCCGGUGACCCCAGGGGCCCAUCUGGGCAUGGUGACCCCGGAGCCCCGGGCAUCCGGACCCCCCUCACAGGCGCAGCCGCUAUUAAGGCAGGAGGCUACCGGGGAGCAGGAAGGGGAGGAGACAGGCGGCCAGGGCGCCUGGGGCACCGGGACGGCGGAGCAGCGGCGGCGGGGUUGGGGGGAGGCCGAAGAGGGCCCCGGGAAGGCCGGCGGCUGCGAGGCCACGGGCUCGGGCUCCCCGGAGGGCGGUGCGGGUGACGGACAAGGGAGCUGGCGGCUGCUCCUCGGCUGGCUACUGCGCCGGCCGCCCCAGUGCUGCCCCUGCGCGGCGCCCCUUCCCCGCUCCGCCGCGCACAGUUGUCAUGGAGGAACCAAGAUGGCGGCUCUGGCCUACAACCUGGGCAAGCGGGAGAUCAACCACUACUUCAGCGUGAGGAGCGCCAAGGUGCUGGCGCUGGUGGCCGUUCUGCUGCUAGCCGCGUGCCACCUCGCGUCCCGCCGCUACCGAGGCAAUGAUUCCUGUGAAGACCUUCUGUCAAGUGGCAGAUUUCUUGGCGAAAAAGUCUGGCAGCCUCACAGUUGUAUGAUGCAUAAAUACAAAAUAAGUGAAGCAAAGAAUUGCCUUGUAGAUAAACACAUUGCGUUUAUUGGAGAUUCCAGGAUCCGUCAAUUAUUUUAUUCUUUUGUAAAAAUCGUUAACCCCCAGUUUAAAGAAGAAGGGAAUAAGCAUGAGAACAUUCCUUUUGAAGAUAAGAUUGCAUCAGUUAAAGUGGAUUUUUUUUGGCACCCAGAAGUUAAUGGUUCUAUGAAACAGUGUAUCAAGGCAUGGACUGAGGACUUGGUUGCAAAACCCCAUGUGAUCGUAGCAGGAGCAGCCACGUGGUCCAUCAAGAUUCACAAUGGUAGCGAGGAAGCACUAUCUCAGUAUAAAAUGAACAUCUCUUCCAUAGCACCAUUCUUAGAGAAAUUGGCCAAGACUAGUGAUGUUUAUUGGGUCUUACAAGACCCAGUUUACGAAGAUCUCUUAAGUGAAAAUAGGAAAAUGAUCACUAACGAGAAAAUAGAUGCCUACAAUGAAGCUGCAGUCAGUAUUCUGAACAGUAGCACCAGAAACUCUAAGUCUAAUGUCAAGAUGUUCAGUGUUUCCAAACUAAUUGCUCAAGAAACCAUCAUGGAGUCUUUGGAUGGCUUACACCUUCCCGAAUCAAGCAGAGAAACUAGUGCGAUGAUCCUCAUGAACGUGUGCUGUAAUAAGAUUCUGAAGCCUGUGGACGGUUCCUGCUGCCAGCCCCGGCCUCCUCUGACUCUCAUCCAGAAGCUAGCGGCUUGUUUUUUCACUUUGUCCAUUUUUGGGUAUUUAAUUUUCUAUGUAAUCCAUCGUAACGCUCACCGGAAGAAUAAACCAUGUCCUGAUUUGGAAAGUGGCGAGGAGAAAAAGAAUAUUAUCAAUACUCCUGUGUCUUCAUUGGAAAUCCUUUUACAGUCUUUCUGCAAGCUUGGCCUGAUUAUGGCCUAUUUCUAUAUGUGCGACCGUGCAAACCUGUUUAUGAAGGAAAACAAAUUCUACACGCAUUCAUCAUUCUUUAUUCCAAUUAUCUACAUAUUGGUUUUGGGAGUGUUUUACAAUGAAAAUACGAAGGAGACUAAAGUAUUAAACCGAGAACAAACAGAUGAAUGGAAAGGCUGGAUGCAGCUGGUUAUCUUGAUUUAUCACAUCUCUGGCGCAAGUACAUUUCUGCCUGUGUAUAUGCACAUUCGAGUUCUGGUGGCCGCAUAUCUGUUUCAGACGGGAUAUGGGCACUUCUCUUACUUUUGGGUCAAAGGAGAUUUUGGAAUCCAUAGAGUAUGUCAGGUCUUAUUUCGUCUCAACUUCCUGGUUGUGGUGUUAUGUAUCGUAAUGGAUCGACCUUAUCAAUUCUAUUACUUUGUCCCCUUGGUCACCGUGUGGUUCAUGGUCAUAUAUGUCACUUUAGCACUGUGGCCACAAAUAAUCCAAAAAAAGGCAAACGGAAAUUGUUUCUGGCAUCUUGGCUUACUGUUGAAACUCACCUUUUUGCUGCUGUGCAUAUGUUUCCUGGCAUAUUCUCAGGGUGCAUUUGAGAAGAUCUUUUCUCUGUGGCCACUUUCCAAGUGUUUCGAGCUAAAAGGGAACGUGUAUGAGUGGUGGUUCAGAUGGAGGUUAGACCGUUACGUAGUCUUCCAUGGGAUGCUGUUUGCCUUCAUUUAUCUGGCUUUACAGAGACGUCAAAUACUUUCUGAAGGAAAGGGUGAACCUCUUUUUUCAAACAAAAUUUCCAACUUUCUAUUAUUUAUUUCAGUAGUGUCUUUCUUGACCUAUUCCAUCUGGGCUAGCAGUUGUAAAAACAAAGCAGAGUGUAAUGAGCUGCACCCAUCUGUUUCCGUGGUACAGAUUGUGGCUUUCAUCCUGAUAAGGAACAUCCCUGGAUAUGCCCGUUCUGUUUACAGUUCAUUUUUUGCUUGGUUUGGAAAAAUUUCACUAGAGCUGUUUAUUUGUCAGUAUCACAUAUGGCUGGCAGCAGACACAAGGGGCAUCUUGGUCCUGGUUCCUGGCAACCCUACUCUCAACAUCAUCGUCAGCACUUUCAUCUUUGUUUGCGUGGCUCAUGAAAUUUCUCAGAUCACUACAGACCUCGCACAGGUCAUUAUUCCUAAGGACAACCCGUCUCUCUUCAGAAGGCUGGCAUGUACACUUGCAUUCUUCGGCGGACUGCUCAUCUUAUCCUCCAUUCAAGAUAAAUCAAGACUCUAGGCUCCUAAAAAAUCCUAAAAACAAAACUGUUUGGGCUUACUUUGCAUCUGUCUAGACAGGAAAAUCAUCUGUCUGAAGAUAUUAAGGACUGUGUAAAUACAAACACUUGGCAAGAGGACAGUUUUGUGAUGUCCGUUGAACUUGUGUGAUUGUAUAUAUGAGCACUGUAUAUACCCAAUGUGAAAUGCUUAAAAGCAAGGACCCAGGAUGUAUAUACAGGAGUGCAUGUAGAAAAGACUUUUCUACUGAAUCUGUGUCCAUUUAUAGGUGAUGAUAGUUAACAUAUGAAGGCAGGGAAAUGACCGAGUUUCCAGUAAACACAUGUAAGUAAUAUAAUUAGCCUAGUGACACCACUGAGUGUUUUGAUGUCCUGUAACUUUGUGGUAACCGUCCCGUCUGCAUCUGUACUCACAGAACCUCCUACGUCACUGAAAACUUAGUACCGAAGUGACCUGCAGUGUGUCUUUCUGUCUUAUGUGCAAUGAUGUGGAAUGAGAAACAGUGUGUCUUUAGCCCAUAUGUAUUCAUAGCCGCUGUGUGUUUCCCAUGUGACUGUUUCCUCGCUGUGGUUUGCAGGUGUGUAAGCCUAAAUCUUUGUACACUUUGCCCUUCACAGAGCUGUUCUAAAGCUCUGGGUUGAGGUUUUGUUAUUGUGGGUGUUGUCGUUGCUUCUUUUUAAAAAGGCCAAAUUUUCCUUCCAAUCUGAACAUUGUUUUUCUUUUCCCUAAGCUAUGGCAGGAUAAAAAUAAACUGCCCUGUGGAUCCCACUAAUGUUUGCUGGCCGCUAAUUAAGUAUUGCAUAUUAUUUCCAAUGUUUGGAAAGCUCUUUAUAGCCAUUUUGGUAUUGCCUAUUAUUCCCUCAUUUUUUUAAAACUAUUUAUCAAUCUGAACCUGUGCAUUGCAGUGAAGUUCCAAAUCUUUUGAUUGAAAUGUAUGAUCAUAGUAGAAUUUUAAGUAAACUGCUGACUUUGGACAAUAAAUGAUUUGUUCAGGUUUGUUUUUUUUUUU